CAACAUCGCCCUCUGGUGUCUGGCCGCAGCAUCAGCCUCCACCGGAUUGGCUUAGCGGUUGUGAGGAGUGUUUACAGGAAACAUGGCUUCCCUGUCUGUUGGAGAGCUUCAAGAAAUGGAAGUGGACCGAAGGGGUGAAUCAGAGGAGUCUGGUGAUGAUGAGACCAGGCGGAAGAGUAUCAAUGGCGACAUGGACCCCAAUCAGCCCACUACCACAAGCAAAGAAGAAUCUCCUGUUGACAUGGACACCAUAACCUUGGACCCAGAGGAAGAGGAUGUUGAUCUUGUUCAUUGUCGUAUUGGAAAGAUUGAAGGAUUGGAGGUGCUACAGAAGGCUAAAACACUCUCUUUACGACAGAAUCUCAUUAAAAAGAUAGAGAACCUAGACAGUUUGAGCUCACUGCGGGAGCUAGAUCUCUAUGACAAUCAGAUCCGCAAACUGGAGAACCUGCACAACCUCAAAGAAUUGGAGCAGCUUGACAUGUCCUUUAACAUUUUGAGGAAGGUGGAGGGUUUGGAGCAAUUGACUCGGCUGAAGAAACUUUUUCUGCUUCACAACAAAAUUAGCAGCAUUGCCAACCUGGAACACUUCACGGGCCUAGAAAUGCUGGAGCUGGGCUCCAAUCGCAUCCGGGUCAUAGAGAACCUGGAUUCACUGGCAUCUUUGCAAAGUUUAUUUCUUGGGACCAAUAAAAUAACGAAGCUUCAGAAUAUGGAGGGUUUACAUAACCUGACAGUUUUAAGCAUACAGAGUAACCGGAUCACUAAAAUUGAGGGUCUACAGAACCUUGUCAACUUGAGAGAGCUCUAUCUAAGUCACAAUGGCAUUGAGGUUAUUGAGGGCUUGGAAAACAAUAAGAAGCUUACAACCCUGGACAUUGCAGCCAAUCGAGUAAAGAAAAUUGAAAACAUCAGCCAUCUGACAGAGCUGCAGGAGUUUUGGAUGAAUGAUAAUCAGAUAGAUAACUGGUCAGAUCUUGAUGAGUUGAAGAAUGCCAAGUCCCUGGAGACGGUCUAUCUCGAAAGAAACCCACUACAGAAGGAUCCACAGUACCGUCGAAAGAUCAUGCUGGCGCUACCCAGUGUACGCCAGAUUGAUGCUACCUUCAUUCGCUUCUAAACUGUAGUAUACAAGUCAUCUGUGAACUUCAGUGUUCUCCCUCACCUGCCUGCCUGCCUGCUCCGCCUCCAUAAACAUACUUUAUUUUGAAACAUUCUGGCCUCACUGAAUCAUAGUCACUCCUUACACAAACAUGCAUUCCAACAUUGAAUCACCCAUUGUUCACUCAACAUACUUUACAUGUAUGCAUGUGUGCACUCAUUCACACCUUGAUCUGUGCUAUUGUGUGGAAGCUUAAUUAUUUUUAGGCAGGAUAUAAACUGUGGACAUGAUUUCAAAAACUACCUGACACCCAUUUCCUCAUUUUUCCUCCACAUCUGUUUUUCUUGUUUCACAUGUGGGCUACGGUAUGGAGACAUCAUCCUUCCUCAGUCAUGCACUGCCCAUCAUCAGCAAAAAUAAGAAACCUGCUGUAGAAGUUGCACUGCUAACACAUGAGAGGAAAGCAUUUGUACUAUUUGGGGGAUUUUUUGAGGGGGUUGUUGGAACAGGCUGACACUCUUCCCACAAGGUACACAGUGAGUAGAAGAACAAUUAAACCUCAACAUUUAAAGGUAAAGCCCAUAAAAAAAAUACAUGUUGCAUAUUUAAAUCUUAAGAAUGCUAGUGCUUAUUUGGUUUAACAUGCCUAUAACUGUCUAACAUCUAAAAUAAGGUCUAAGAUGACACCAUGCAGUUUAAAGCAAUUUAGUAUAGUGGCUCUCACAAACAUCAGUCAAGCAAAACAUAUGCUUUACUGCAGUAGCUGAUUAAUCGAUGUUAAAAAAAAAAAAGGUAUGGUUACCGACAAAGGGCAGCAGCGGUGUCUAUUCUUUGUCCAAAUAUCUUAUAGCAUAUAGGCAAAUUUUAUGAUUAACAGGAGUGACCCCUGCAGUAAAAUAAAGCUCAUGUGAAUGUAAAA